ACCUUUCCCAUUUACUUUAUAAAGUGUAUUCAAUUUCUGUUGUAUUAUAUGGUUUAUCCAUGUUGUAAGCACGUUUAAUAUUUUUCUAAAUGGUAUUUUAAUACGCCUUACGUACGUUUUUGAUAAUUAUACAUUGCAAAUAAAUACAUAGGAAUAUUCAUUAUAUCAAAUAUAUAACUGUCACACUUUAUUAAAAGUUAAUAUUUGGUAGUACUAUUUUUAUAUCAGUUUUGAAAAGGAUUCAGUUUUAAAAGAUGAUUUGGAGAUAUUUUUGUUUUCACUUAUUGAUAUAUUACCAUCCUAUAGGCGAAAUCAAAGCUGAUAAAUCGCAACCAAUAUGUUAUGAAGCAAAUAAGGAUAUCAAUCUUCCUAAAUCAAAUAACCGAUACUUUAAAAAUCUAGAAGAAUAUAAAGCCAAUACAUUCAGUUUCUCUUACGAACGUUACUGUUCCCCUUCGCAAGGUUGCAAUCCGAUGAACCUUUUCCCAGGAAAUUUUGUAACUAUCCUGAAUCUAACCUCCGAUGUAUUAGAAACAGGAGCAUUCGAAGUUAACUCAUCUGAUUCCAUUAUCAGUUUAAAUCUUAGCAGUCUAUUUAUUAACGAAAUUCACAGCCGAGCUUUCGCAUCCUUAACUUGCUUGCAUUACCUCAAUUUAAGCGACAAUAAAAUUGUUGAGUUGCAGCCGGAACAGUGGUUCGGUCUAGAUAAUUUAAAAACGUUAGAACUCCGAAAGAACAAUAUUAUUCAUUUAAAACCUUUCACGUUUAGAUAUUUAAAAAAACUUCAAAGUUUAGAUUUAUCGCUCAAUGAUAUUGUCUACAUCGAUGAUUUUUCCUUUAAUUACCUGAUUAGUUUAAAGAGUCUCUCGCUAGCCUAUAACUAUCUAACGUCUAUUUAUCAAAACUAUAUUUUUGUUCAUUUGACUAAUUUAGAACAUCUCGAUUUAUCUCAUAACAGUCUUAGUGCGGUGUCUAUGGCUAAAUUUCGACCACUGGAAGCCCUCCAAAGUUUAAAUUUUUCAAACAACAAUAUGGCAGUAUUUGAUUUGAGGGAGACGUUUUCGUUCUUUGAGUUUCCUUUUUUAAAACUACUCAAUUUAACGGGUAACUAUUUAGAUUUUGAAAAUUAUGAGAAUUUGCCUGAGCGUUUUACGUUCGAUAACCUAACCAUUGACAUAAACGAAAACCCGGUGCAUUGCUAUUACAUUGAAAAGAUGUUAAAUUUAUUCCAAGAUAAAGUUCGUUUAGCACCAGGUCGCUAUUUCGGAGAUGAAACCCGCGUUAAUCGCAUUAGGUGCGAGAAUAUGGGCAUGACUGAGGAGGACGUUAAUUAUCUCAACAAAUUUUACGAUAAAUUACGUAUACAGCAUUAUGAAGUGCUAGUGGUAUAUACCAUUCUUAUAGUGUUCGCGAUUGCUUAUAUCCUUUUUGUAUAUUAUGAUCACCUUCAGGAUCAUCCGUGUUUUCGAAAACUUUAUGGAUAUUCGACCCCAUUCCCUGAAUAAGUCGAUUUAUUAUUUUUCAUUCAUAACAUAAACAAAUAUCCGUUAACCAUUACUACUAUUUUUAGCAGUAAAAAAUGUUAAAUGGCAUUUAUUUUCUGACCAGAUAUAACUAGAGUUUACAGAAUAAAAAAUAUUUAUGUUUUUAAUUCUGUAAAUUGUGUUGUAGUUAUAAGGGCGAUAACAAAUUUUUUGCAUACACAAAAUUUGAUACGUACACGCCGAGGAUUUGACCAAGUAUACUUUUACCUGUACCGUUAGCUUGUUGUUUUUAAACAAUGGAUAUGAAAUAUGUAUGUAAAUAAACGAUUAUUAUUACCAAAAAUAUUAAUAUAAUUUGUGGGCUUUAAAUAUAUCUACAAUUUAUAAUAAUACAAUUUGUAGCAUUAUUAAAAAUAACAUAUUUUAUAGAUAAUAUAUUUUAUAACUUUAUUGGCAAAUACCUAUAUUUUAUGAUUAACUUUAGAAAAUGUAUUUUAUGAUUAAUUUUAUAAAUAAUCUUUAAAUCGAAUUCAUUGUAUUAUUUUAAUUAUAUGUAUGUAUUUUUUGCUAACAUCCGGCAAUUUAUUUGCCUUUUAUUAGAUUUUAUGUAAUUAUUGUAAGACAACAAUAAAAUUUAUGUGAAAGA